CUUAAGUCAUAUUUCUAAAUAGCACUUAAAUUGUUUCAUUUCCUAAAUAGCAUUUAAUAAUGUCCAGAAGGAGAAAUAGUAACCAGUGAUGAUAAACAUUUACCUGAAUAAUGACCAAUUGAUAAUGACUAACACUAUGUUUGGUUCAAGGAAUUUAAAAGAGAAAAGAAAAAAAAAUUAAGUGGAAAACUGUUUUUCUUGUUUGAUGGACGACAUGCAACGUCAACUUGCCGGUCCGAUGAACGAUGCUAUGCUCACCCUCCAAAACACUCAUCGAUCAAGUCGUGUUUGGGCGGAACCGGGCUUUACCGACAAAAAAGUAUCAGUUUUGCCGGGUAACACUGACAGGGAGGCGGAGAGAUAUACCGCUAGUGUGGUAUUACAACUUCUGGGUGGUACUUUGCUCCCAAAUGCCUCUGGUCAGAAUCUCAAGCUAAAAAUCUUCACUGAUAGGUAAUUGCUCCCACAACACAUGGGUGGGUAGGAGGGUACGGGACCCAGGGCCCAUGCACGAGAAACAGUAGUCCGUAGUACGUACAGUGUUUUAAUUGAUGACCGAGUAAUAAUCUCCUGCUGCCUGUUCCCUUAAUUAGUCAACGCCACCCAUUUGUUAGGUGUGGUAUUUAAUUGUUUGUCCCCAUUGAUUGAACUACCUGCAUUUAGAAGAAAAAUACUGUAUUUGA